AUGACCAAAUCAGCUGUGAUCUACCCAGAAGCGAUUCUGAAGCAGCUCACGAGCGAGGAGAAGAUUGCACUCCUCAGUGGGGAUGAUAUGUGGCAUACAGUACCUGUGCCCAGGCUAGGGGUACCAAGAGUACGAAAUGGUGUGCGAGGUACAGCUUGGACCAACGGUGCCCCGGCGUCAUGUUUCCCGUCAGCUACCGGCUUAGGGGCAUCUAUGGACGUGAACCUUGCACACCGUAUUGGAGAAGCAUUAGGGGAAGAAUGUAGAGCAAGAGGUGUGCACUGCCUGCUUGGUCCUACGACAAAUUGUCAAAGACACCCAUGUGGUGGGAGAGGUUUCGAAUCUUUCAGUGAAGAUCCCUAUCUUUGUGGGCAUGUUGCCUUGGCUUGGGUGCAGGGUGUGCAAUCGAAGAAAGUUAUGACUUCUGAAUCUGUAGACUUCCUGGCCAACGAGCAAGAGUACCUUCGACGAAGCAACAACUCGGUCAUCGACGAGAGAACUAUGCACGAGGUCUACCUGGAGCCCUUCCGAAUUCAAAACAAAGCAAAACCAUCCGUCUUCAUGUCAAGUUACAAUUGA